AUGUCAAAACAAUACUUCAUUCAAGGAGCUUACCCGGGCAAAGAACUGAAAGUCAGCGACAUUGAAACACUGUUAUUGAAAGAAGACCGCGUCGUUCUGUACAUUGCCUACCAUGUGAACGGGCCUUUCCCUCGGGUCGUGAAACCAAACCAGAGCAUUAAAUUUGAGAAGGUGUCAAGAGAAGUCAUGGAUGCAGUUCCUCAACGUCUUAAAGCUGAGAAUAUUGAUCACAUGUUUGAGUCUUUGGCUAAUAUUAUGCAACAUAUGCGCAGUACAAAUUUGGAUGAAGUAGUUCCCAUGAAGACAGAUCGCUUUUUAUCUUUGAGGCGGGCCAAAAGUGUUCUCAAUCACAAUCAUGGGAGAAUCCUGCACGCCCUUUCGAGGUGGAAGAAGAGGAUGAUGAUGAUGAUGAUGAGGCUCCGCUCGAUAGUUCAUGCAAGAGAGCCUUAA